AUGACAACACCAACAUCAAAUUAUAUGUCACCACCAAGCACAAGUGGGGCUCAAAUAGAGAGUUCUAUUCAAUUUAAUAUGGAAGAAUAUCAAAUGUUUCCAUUGGUUUUAGAUAUAAUCUCAAGAAUUAAAGAUGAUGAAAUUGAUUUAAUUAGAGCAAUCAAUUUAACAAAUGAUAGAAAACAAAAAGCAAUUAAUAAUUUUAAAAAAUUACCAGGAAUAAAUAGAUCAUUGGAAGAACAGGAAAAAUUAUUAAAACAACAUAAACAAACAUUACAGAAAAAAGUAAAUCUAUUACCAAGUAAUUUUUCUUACACAUUAUUAUUUUAUACCAGCGAACUUUUAGAAAAAUUAAAAAAACUAGAAUUAUUCCAAAAAUAUAAAGUUGAAACAAAUCAAGAUUCAGAAAUGAAAGAUAACAAUACUGAAAAUAACACUGAAAAUAUUACUGAAGUUAAUAAAAACAAUAAUGAACAAAAAAUUGAAGAAACAGAAGAAGAAACAUUACAACAGGACGAUGACAAUAAACAGGAUACAAAAGAAGAUGAAGAUGUUGAAAAUAAAGAAGAUGAAGAAGAUGAAGAAGAUGAAGAUAUUAUGAAAGAAUAA